UAGGCUGCAGUCUCAGGAAUCUUAACCCGUGACCAUCAUGGGAGCAAAACUCAGAAACCAAGAGAUUAAGAAAAAGGAGACUAAUCAUCACAUGUCUUACCAGCUACAGAGCAGAAGGCAGAUCUACAAGGAAGGUAACUUUUAUUCUGCCUUCACAAGAUGCCAAAAGAAAAUGCCCACUUUAUACAUGCCUACCUCAAGAAAAAGAAGUCUCCUUCUCACAUUACGGCAGAAGAGGCUGCAGGAAUUGGCAUCCUGGCUGUGAUCCUGGGGGUCUUGCUGCUCCUCAGCUGCUGGUAUUGCAAGAGACGCAGUGGCUACAAAACCCUGAAGGACAAAAACCUUUGUGCUGGUACUGGAAAAGCCCUGAUGGGGAAUUACUACAGGGAUGAAGGUGCCCUCCCUGUCAACAAAGGGCCCUUUCCAGAGAGCAGCAACUAUAACUCUGUGGUACCUGAUGCUCCCCCAGCUUAUGAGAACUUCCCUGUAGAACAAUCCCUACCACCUUAUGUUCCUUAAUGCUCAGC